AUGGAGAAAGCUGAAGAUAAGGGGUCCCAGAACCCUGAGCCAACCUUCCUGGCAACUCUGAGUGAUCCACAGGUGACUUUGCUGUCGGUCCACAAGCGGUGGUCCUUCAGGAAGAAUUCCGGGGCUAGGGGUUUGGCCAAACCAGUGUCUUCGGAGAAGAAAGACUCUCCCCAGCCAAAGGAGGGAGAAUUUCCACUGAGGGUCUUGAAUGGAACUGAGGAAAUGAGUUCCCAGCAGAUCUUGUCUAAACCUUCUUCACCUGCUCAUCCGUGGGAACAAGGAAUGAAGCAGAAUUUUGCCUUUGACAAUAUUGGCUAUGAAGGGAGUUUGGACGGCACUGGCUCAUCUCUGACUGCCACCAGAACGAUCAGCAUUCUGGGCAUGACUUCCCAGUCAUGUGUUAAGUCCAUUGAGAGCAGGGUUUCUAGCCUGAAAGGCAUUGUGAGCAUUAAGGUUUUGUUAGAACAAGGCUGUGCAUCAGUGACAUAUGUGCCAGCUGUCAUGAGUCUGCAACAGAUUUGCCAUCACAUUGGGGACAUGGGCUUUGAUAUCAGCAUUGCAGAAAGAAAGGCUGCCUCUUGGCCCUCCAGGUCCUCACCAGCCCAGGAGGCAGUGGUCAAGCUCCGGGUAGAGGGCAUGACCUGCCAAUCCUGUGUCAGCUCCAUUGAAAGUAAGAUCGGGAAAUUGCAAGGAGUAGUGAAAGUUAAAGUCUCCCUUGGCAACCAAGAGGCAGUUAUCACUUACCAGCCUUAUCUCAUCCAACCUGAAGACCUCAGGGACCAUGUCAAUGAUAUGGGGUUUGAAGCUGCUAUCAAGAACAAAAUGGCUCCCUUAAGCCUUGGACCUAUUGAUAUUGGCCUGUUAGAAAGCACCAACCCAAAGCAGCUGACAGUUCUUGCUAACCAGAAUUUCACUAACUCUGAGGCCUUGGGAGACCAAAGAAGCCAUAUGUCUACCCUCCAACUUGGAAUCAAUGGAAUGCACUGUAAAUCUUGUGUUUUGAAUAUUGAAGGAAAUAUAGGCCAACUCUCAGGGGUUCAAAAUAUCCAAGUGUCCUUGGAGAAUAAAACUGCUCAAAUACAGUAUGACCCUUCUCAGAUCACCCCUUUGUCCCUGAAGAGGUCCAUCGAAGCACUUCCACCUGGGAACUUUCAAGUUUCUCUUCCUGAUGGAGCAGAAGGGGGUGAGCCAGAGAGAAGGUUUUCCAGUAUUUCAUCUCCUGACUCCACGCAGAGAAACCAGACACAAGGCACAUGCAGUACUUUGGUGCUCACCAUCACUGGAAUGACCUGUAUGUCCUGUGUACAGUCCAUUGAAGGCAUGGUUUCUCAGCGGGAAGGGGUGCAGCAAAUAUCAGUCUCUUUGGCUGAAGGAACUGGAACUAUUCUUUAUGAUCCUUCUGUAAUAAAUCCAGAAGAACUCCGAGCUAUUGUAGAAGACAUGGGAUUUGAGGCAUCAGUGAUGGCUGAGAGUUAUUCUACCACCCAUCUUUCUGGAAAUCACAGUGCUGGAAAUUUCAUGCUGCCGACAACAAGCAGCACCCCUGUGCCUGUGCAGCAAGUGAUUCCUCAUGCCAGAAAGUUUUCUCAGAACAACAGUCCAGGCCACUCAUUAGAUACCCCACUACCCACCAGACCAGCAGACCCACAGAAGUGCUUUUUACAAAUCAAAGGCAUGACCUGUGCAUCCUGUGUGUCCAAGAUAGAAAGAAAUCUUCAGAAAGAAGCUGGUAUCGUCUCUGUAUUGGUUGCCUUGAUGUCGGGAAAGGCAGAGGUCAAGUACAACCCGGAAGUCAUCCAGCCACCCACAAUAGCUCAGCUCAUCCAGGACCUGGGCUUUAAUGCCACAGUCAUGGAGGACAACAUCUGUUCUGAUGGUGAUAUCGAGAUGAUAAUCACAGGAAUGACCUGCGCUUCCUGUGUCCACAACAUAGAGUCCAAGCUCACCAGGACAAAUGGCAUUACCUAUGCCUCUGUGGCCCUCGCCACCAGCAAAGCCCAUGUGCAGUUUGAUCCUGAAAUCAUUGGUCCACGGGAUAUUGUAAAAAUUAUUGAGGAAAUUGGCUUUCAUGCUUCCCUGGCACAGAGAAGGCCCAACGCCCAUCACUUGGAUCACAAGAUGGAAAUAAAGCAGUGGAAGAAGUCUUUCCUGUGCAGCCUGGUGUUUGGCAUCCCUGUCAUGGGCUUAAUGAUCUAUAUGUUAAUACCCAGCAAGGAUCCUCAUGAAGCCAUGGCCCUGGACCACAACAUCAUCCCAGGACUGUCCAUUCUCAAUCUUGUCUUCUUCAUCUUGUGUACCUUUGUCCAGUUCCUUGGUGGGUGGUACUUCUAUGUUCAGGCCUACAAAUCUCUCAGACACAAGUCAGCCAACAUGGAUGUGCUCAUUGUAUUGGCCACAACCAUCGCCUAUGUCUACUCCCUCAUCAUCCUGGUGGUUGCAGUUGCCGAGAAGGCUGAGAAGAGUCCUGUGACCUUCUUCGACACUCCCCCCAUGCUCUUCGUGUUCAUUGCCCUGGGCCGGUGGCUGGAACACGUGGCAAAGAGCAAAACUUCAGAAGCCCUUGCCAAACUCAUGUCCCUCCAAGCCACAGAAGCCACAGUUGUGACCCUUGGUGAGGACAACUUAAUCAUCAGAGAGGAGCAAGUACCCAUGGAGCUGGUACAGCGGGGUGACAUCAUCAAGGUCGUGCCUGGGGGCAAGUUCCCAGUGGAUGGGAAAGUUCUAGAAGGCAAUACCAUGGCUGAUGAGUCCCUUAUCACAGGAGAGGCCAUGCCUGUCACCAAGAAACCUGGAAGUGUGGUGAUUGCUGGGUCUAUAAAUGCACAUGGCUCUGUGCUGAUUAGAGCCACCCACGUGGGCAAUGACACCACUUUGGCUCAGAUUGUGAAGUUGGUAGAAGAGGCUCAGAUGUCCAAGGCACCUAUUCAGCAACUGGCUGACCGCUUUAGUGGAUAUUUUGUCCCAUUUAUCAUCAUCAUUUCAACUUUGACGUUGGUGGUAUGGAUUAUAAUCGGUUUUGUCGAUUUUGGUGUUGUUCAGAAAUACUUUCCUAACCCCAACAAGCACAUCUCACAGACUGAAGUGAUCAUCCGAUUUGCUUUCCAGACGUCAAUCACUGUGCUGUGCAUCGCCUGCCCAUGCUCCCUGGGGCUGGCCACACCCACAGCGGUCAUGGUAGGCACUGGAGUGGCUGCCCAGCAUGGCAUCCUCAUCAAAGGAGGCAAGCCUCUAGAGAUGGCACACAAGAUAAAGACUGUGAUGUUUGACAAAACUGGCACCAUUACUCAUGGGAUCCCCAGAGUCAUGCGAGUCCUUUUGCUCUCAGAUGUAGCUACACUGCCCCUCAGGAAGGUUCUGGCUGUGGUGGGCACUGCGGAGGCCAGCAGUGAGCACCCGUUGGGCGUGGCAGUCACCAAAUACUGCAAAGAAAAAAAGAAUCAGCAGAUAACAGUAAAGUCAGAUGCAGGCCCCCAGACCUUCUCUGUGCUGAUUGGAAACCGUGAAUGGAUGAGGCGCAAUGGCUUAACCAUCUCAAGUGACAUCAGUGAUGCCAUGACGGGUCAUGAGAUGAAAGGACAGACCGCCAUCCUGGUGGCUAUUGACGGUGUGCUCUGUGGGAUGAUCGCCAUUGCAGAUGCUGUCAAAUCAGAGGCUGCCCUGGCUGUGCACACCCUGAAAAACAUGGGUGUAGAUGUGGUUCUCAUCACAGGAGACAAUCGGAAAACAGCCAGAGCCAUUGCCACCCAGGUUGGCAUCAACAAAGUCUUUGCUGAGGUGUUACCUUCUCACAAGGUGGCUAAGGUCCAGGAGCUCCAGAACAAAGGGAAGAAAGUUGCCAUGGUGGGAGAUGGAGUGAAUGAUUCCCCAGCUCUGGCUCAGGCUGAUGUGGGCAUUGCCAUUGGGACUGGCACAGAUGUUGCCAUCGAAGCAGCUGACGUCGUCCUUAUCAGAAAUGACCUCCUGGAUGUGGUAGCAAGUAUCCAUCUCUCCAAGAGGACUGUCCGGAGGAUCCGGGUCAAUCUGGUGCUGGCACUGAUUUAUAACAUGGUUGGGAUACCCAUUGCCGCAGGAGUCUUCAUGCCCAUUGGCAUUGUGUUGCAGCCAUGGAUGGGCUCAGCAGCAAUGGCAGCCUCCUCUGUGUCUGUAGUGCUCUCGUCUCUGCAGCUCAAAUGCUAUAGAAAGCCUGAUGUGGAGAGGUACGAGGCGCAGGCCCAUGGCCGCAUGAAGCCCCUGAGUGCAUCCCAGGUCAGUGUGCAUGUGGGCAUGGAUGACCGGCGACGGGACUCCCCCAGAGCCACGGCAUGGGACCAAGUCAGCUACAUCAGCCAGGUGUCUCUGUCUUCCCUGACGUCUGACAGGCCAUCUAGGCAUGGCACCGCAGCAGAGGACAGUGGGGACAAGUGGUCUCUGCUCCUUAGUAAUGGGGAUGAGGAGCAGUGCAUCUGAAAGCCAGGGGCCGGGCUCCUUCCGAGGGAUGUUGCACCCCUCCCUGGGCUGGCACAGCCCCUACUAGCAGCAGUGGGGUGGAUAAAGCACACCAUAGCCUUGGAACUUCCACUUGAUGGAUGUUCUGCUAACCCUACUGUGGUAUGUGGCCUUGCCUAGAACCCCCCUGCCCAUACUAUGCCGCUGGUGUGGGCAAGGCUACACCUCUCUGGGACUACAGAAGAGGAGAGGAAGUCAGUGCUCUUCUCAGAGCUCUGCUUAUAUUGUUGGGAUUGCCACCUGUGAAACAAAGCAAGAAACAGAACCUAGUUGGGCCUCUCCAGAAACCUCGCCUCAGCCUCGGCAUGGGGCUUAUUUUGACAACACCCAUGAGCUGCGUGGGUCAGAGACCACAAUUUACCUCAAGUGCACCUGUUUUCUGCUGGCAUCAUCUCUUCCUUUUCUGUCCUGCAUACUUGGCAUCCCUGACAGUGGGGAUGAUGUGCCUGCCUAUCCUCUGAGCAGAGCUCUCCCCUUGGACGUCUCUAAAUGCUCUCUGGCUUUGCACUUGUAGCCCAAGUCUGCUCCCUAGCCUGCACCUGGGAUGACAGCUGCCACAUCCUUCUGCAUGCUGAGGAAGGUCCUUUAUGGCCAAGACCCACUGCAGUCACACAUGCUGCUGCUGAAAAGCUGAGUAAGGCCUCAGAGCCUGACCAGUAGUCCUUAUCCAGCCUCCCGUGGGGCUCAAGAACUCACGACCCAGAGCAUCCCAUGUGCUCCUGAGGCAGGUGUCCCAUGGGAGGUGUGUGCCUAUAAUAAACUCCCUGUCACCUAGCGACAGAACCCCUGGAGCAGAUCAGAAUCAUUUCACCCUAAGGUAAAACCCUGGCCUCACACAAAAAAACAAUUUUAGUUAUUUGUUGUGUUCACUUAUUUGCCAAGCUUUGCUGUAAUUCCCCCUUUCUCCCCUCCCCCCACAAAAUAGCAUGGCCACUACUAUUGUGUACAUUUCAGAAGCAAGGCUCAGAGAGGCUGAGUUUGGUGCCCAGAAUCACAUAGCCAAUACAUAUUCCAGGUCUGUUGCUUUGAAGAUCUUUCUGUGCUCUGCUGCUGCCUUAAGUGUCAAUUUGCCUGACAAGAUUAACUACAUGAAGGUUUUUUUUACUCUUGGAAGAGCAGGUCUGCCAGGUGUUGUAUUAGUUGUAUCAACUUAGAAUACAUCAGGGCAUGAUAUCUUUUCUCAUUUACAUGGUAGUUGCUUCAGUUUUUACAUAUAAUGUAGUUUGUGCUGGAUUUUGGCUUCUAAAAUCCAAGUUCAGUUUUCCGUUUUCCU